CACACUUCCAACCAAUAGAAGCGGGAUCUAACGGCUAAUCACAUGAUAAGCUGAUAAGCUUAUUACUGCGCAUGAUGUAUUGCCAUCCACGUGAUUCGAAAAAAAAAGAAAUAGAUAAUCCAAAUAAUUCGUCUUGCGUUCUGCCCGAUAAUUCUCCUAGGCGGUACCGGAGAGGUAAUAGGACUCAUCAUUGGGGAGGUUUUUCUUUCGUAUCUUCCGUCACGAGAAUAAUAACCUCUAUCACAUUCACCAUAUUCAUUAUAUCCACCGUAUCCAUUAUAUCCAUCGUCUGGUAUCUCUUCUUCAGAAUCACUGUUGCGAUUACAGUUACUAUCAUCGUCUGUCUUAACUGAUUGCGAAACAACUUCUUCAUUCGUUUCUUUCACCGACUGAG